AGGACACUUCUGGAUGUAACUCUGUCAGAGUUCGAGAUUGUUGGCCACCCAGCUACUUAAUUUGAUCAAAUAAAGUGCUGCUUGAUCAAGAAGUCUCCGCUUGGGUUAUCUGGUUAGAUUGAUACAGUAUCUCAAGUUUAAGUUUGGGACUGGGAUCUUACAGACAAACAGCUUACCGUGCAGAGCUGAAGUUAUGGGGCUGAUCAGAGUGCUAGCAAACCUUCUGAUACUACAGCUUUCUUACGAUUUGCUGCAUUAUACAGCGUGCAAUAUCUGGGUCAUUGCUUCUGAAACAAAUAUCAAAACCGCACAAAAGUCUUCUGAACUGGUCAUUGGAGGUGAUGAAUGUAACAUAAAUGAACAUCGUUCCCUUGCACUCGUGUAUAUCACUAGCGGUUUUCUCUGCGCUGGGACUUUGAUCAACGAGGAAUGGGUGCUGACCGCUGCACACUGCGACAGGGGAAAUAUGCUCAUAUUCUUCGGUGUGCAUAGACUAAAGGGACUAAAUAAGGAUGUGCAGAAAAGAGUCGCAAAGGAGAAGUUCAUUUGUCCCAAUAGGGAAAAAAAUGAUGAAAAGGACAAGGACAUCAUGUUGAUCAGGCUGGACAGCCCUGUUAGCAACAGUGAACAUAUCGCGCCUCUCAGCUUGCCUUCCAACCCUCCCAGUGUGGGCUCAGUUUGCCAAAUUAUGGGAUGGGGCGCAAUCACAUCUCCUAAUGUGACUUUGCCCUGUGUCCCUCAUUGUGCUAACAUUAACAUACUCGAUUAUGAGGUGUGUCGAACAGCUUACGCAAGGUUGCCAGCAACAAGCAGAACAUUGUGUGCAGGUAUCCUGGAAGGAGGCAAAAGUUCAUGUGAUGGUGACUCUGGGGGACCCCUCAUCUGUAAUGGAGAAAUCCAGGGCAUUGUAUCUUGGGGGGGCGAUAUUUGUGCCCAACCACGUGAGCCUGGCGUCUACACCAAGGUCUUCGAUUAUACUGAUUGGAUCCAGAACAUUAUUGCAGGAAAUACAGAUGUGACCUGCCCCCCAUGAAAACUUUUGAAAAAGCUAAGAGGAGAAAAUACAUCUCUUCUAUAUCCCUAACCAUAUCCAACUACAUUAGAAUAUAGUCCCAGGUUAACUCUACAACAACAAAAAAAAAAAAAUCCCAGAAAACAACAACAGGGAAGGA